AUGAACAGCAUCAUUUUCAAAUACUCCUUUUUAUGUUUCUCUAUAUUCUUAUUCAUCAUCCUCCUACACCAUUCAGAUACGAUCAGUCAAACAGUCUUAUCUCUUACCCAUCCCAUCCCAAUUUACUACUCCACGUGGCACAAAUGUGUUCAAAGACAGCUUCUGAAUACCAAUGAGACUCCUGAAACGUUCUGGAAAAAUUUUGUCAAACGCUCUCGAGAAUGUGAUAAAAGCUCGAAUAUUUGGGAGAAUAUGAGAGUGAUCGCGUUGAAGAAUCAAGAUGAGAUGAAAUAUGCAGUUUUACCUGUUAAAAAAUCCUCCAACAAUGUAUUCGUCACUCUUGGAAUUGGUCAGGAUAUCACUGCAGAGGAGGCGUUCCAGAAAGAAAUGACGAAAAUCAACCAGAAUGUCACAUUCUACGGUGCCGACCCAAUAGUUGAGGGAAAUUCUGAAAAAUAUUCAACAAUUGGAAAAUUCUUCCCAUUUGCAAUUGGCGCGGAAGCUGGGUUUUCUAUUGCCAGUGUUCUUCAGGAUGGUGACUAUAAAGAUGUGUCUGUUGUACACGUGGAUAUUUACUACUUUUUGAGUCAGGUGCUGAAAGAAAAUAAAAUCGACUAUCUAUGGAUGGAUACGGAAUUUGCUGAAUAUGAAUUAUUCAAUAUUUUCUAUAAAAAUGAGAAAUUGAGCCGAAUGGAUAUCGCUUUCUGUCAAAUGAGCUUAGAGGUCCACAAUCCAAGUCUGGAACAAAAGAAAAAAUUCAAGGAUUUCAUUGAGAAAUUAAUCGAAGAGAACGUUUAUGGAUUCUUUUUUGCAGAAGACGUUAGCCAUAUUCGACUCUGGCUAUUCAAUUUUGGCAGUAAAUAUUGUGUUGAAAAGUUUUUACUUUUUUGA